AAAAAAUCGAUUCUAACCUCAACAACUGGCUUGGUUGUUAAUUUUGUAUACUGACGUGGAGAUUAAAAAAGGUCUGUUUAGGUAAUAUCCAGCAUCGGCCAAAAUGGAGGUAUCAAAUUUAUUCGACGAUGUCAAACGCAUGAACAAAAGACAGUUUAUCUUCCAAGUGUUGAGUUUCGGAAUGAUAGUCUCGUCAGCUCUGAUGAUAUGGAAGGGUUUGAUGGUAGUUACUGGCAGCGAGAGCCCGAUCGUAGUGGUUUUGUCGGGCAGUAUGGAGCCAGCAUUCCAUCGGGGCGAUUUACUGUUCCUUACUAAUUACCCCGAAGAACCCGUUAGAGUAGGAGAAAUUGUUGUGUUCAAAGUCGAAGGAAGAGACAUCCCGAUUGUACAUCGUGUUCUUAAACUACACGAAAAGAAAAACGGUACUGUUAAAUUCCUAACGAAAGGAGAUAAUAAUAGCGUGGACGAUAGAGGGCUCUACGCUCCAGGGCAGCUGUGGUUAACUAAAGACGAUGUGGUUGGUCGAGCUAGAGGAUUUUUACCAUACGUUGGCAUGGUUACCAUUUUAAUGAAUGAGUACCCGAAGUUUAAGUAUGCAGUGCUGGCUUGCUUAGGAAUUUAUGUAUUGGUACAUAGAGAAUGAGUGUCAAUUUUUUUUAUUUUCUAAAUAAUUUUUUGUUACUUAAUAAAUUUAUAAAACAAUCAA